AUGUUUCCUCAGUCAUCAAAACGGUUACGCAAACAUAUAUCCCAGCCUAAUAGUUCAGUCAUCACAGAGACUGCAGAUGUCAUUCAACCUCGACGGAGCGCUCGAGCUGGCAAUUCUGUAAACCUCACUAGCAAAACAAUUAAGACCAGAAAAACUCAGACAAAUAACAAAUCAAGGGCAAGAACGACACCUCUUCCAACAAAAUCAGGCUAUGUCACACCCUCAAUUUCCCGUCCCAAGUAUUCUGCACCCAAGAUCAAAAUAGAUUCUUCCUCUGAUGAAGAACAACUGCUUCCAACAAAGCACAAACGUGCAAAGAAGACUUUAGAGCCAGAAUCGGAACCAGAACAAGAUGAUGAAAAUGAAAAUGACACAUCUGAAUAUGAGGACGGACUUGAUGCAGAGGCAGAGGUUGAAGGAGAGUGCAAAGAUGACGCACGGGCAUCAAAUUACAUUCAAGCUGAGGCCGUUCAGUUCUCGCAUGGCACAUUUGAUUAUGUACAGUAUAUCAUUUCGAAGCUCAAUAAUCAUACUUGCACAGCUAAUUCUACCUCUCACUCCAGAUCUGGUCGUUCUACUGAAUCAGUCUUACCCAUUUUGGCCAAUAAAUUAGAAGAGAGCGAGCAAAUAGUCAAGAAGGUAACCCGUCAUCAAGCUCAGAAAUUACAAUCUGAGGUGCAUCGUCAUUCACAGCCUCUUGCUCCACUAAUUCUUUCUCAGCUUCCUCAAGUUCGUUCCCGUCCACUUCCUAUUACCCGCACCGCUGCUCCCACUGCCAUUAAUCAACUCCCUCAAGUACAUUCUCGUUCACUUUCCAUUACCCACACUUCUACUCCCACUGCUGUCAAUCAGCUCAACGCUGCUUCGGCAGCUCCAGCGUGGUUGGAAUGCACAAACAUUCACGUCAUCAAAAAGGUUCGAACAUUCACUCUUGCUAAGACUGGGCAACCACCAGUUAUGCUUCAAAUCAUCGACAAAUCCAUCACCUAUGGGAAACUGCAAAUGAUCUUUAACCAUGAAUACUCGCCGCUUCACACAUUCAAAAUCAAACAGAUGGCGCACGCGUGUCUCAUGGAGAUUGCUGAAAGGUCAGGUCAUGAUGGGGAAAAUGAUGUCUGUGACCGGCUUGAGCGUGGAGACCACGAUUCAUACAGUAUUCCCUUGGUAACCUAUGCGAGCUAUUAUCUUGACUCUAACACAGGCAAUAACAUCUCUUCACAGGUCAGUAGACGCAUUGGAAAUGAACAUGCUGAUCUCAAGGCUCAUUCUUCAACCAUCCUUCAAGCAUUUGGAUUGGCAGACCAUGUGGGCCGUCUCGAAGCAGGUGUAUUGGCUCGCAGACGCACCUACUAUUAUCCCGAAAUGCCCAAUGGGAUGGAAGCCUUUCGAACACCCUGUCUUUGCCAGCUUUCUGCGGGAAGCUUUUUUUCAUCAACUUACUAUGGCAGCAUUGUCAGGCAGAACUUUUAUCUAUUCAAAUCUUUGAUCUCCGAGAAGUCAGAAGAGCUUGAGGUAACCAAAGGUAUGGUAGCUCUUGCAGCUGCGGCGAUUCAUGCUUGCCUACAUGAUUAUUUGACGGGAAUGAAGAGCAGCUUUCCAGCCCUAGAACUCGAUGGGGUUUGGGGUUUAGCUAUUGACAUUUUGGAAGGGAUUGAAAGUAGGAAUCAUGCGAAGUACCACAGGCUCAUGCACAAGCUUUUUGUGGAAGCGACUGGGAAUUCGAUGACGGCUCGAGAUGGCUGGUGCAAUCAGCAACAUCUUGAUGCUAUUGAUUGGGAUGCUAUCGAGAACAGUGAUGAUGACAGCAACGGAGAUGAUCAUGCUCAUGUCUACCCCAGCCCUGUAGGUGACUCUGACGAUGUUGCAUUGGCACAUUCUGGAACCGAAGCCUCAACUGCUCCUGCUCUUACUACGAUCAGUACAUAA